AUGGAUGCGAUCGAUGCUGCGACUAGAUCUCCCAAGGAGUGUGAAGAUCGCCAUUGCCCAAAUGGUGAGACUUUCGUGAUGCUGGUGAUGGCGUCAAGAUCUUUGAUCGACUCGGAUCCAGGAGGCGUGAUGAAAUACAACGGAACUUGUUAUUGCGAGAAGUUUCCACAUUUAGAUUAUGAAUUUGAUGCCAACGGGAAGUUAACUUGCUACUGCACCAAGAACUGCCCUCAUGGUUUUUGUGCCGGACAGAGAAAACCUGUCAAGUGUGUACAGGAGAACAAGCAUUGUCCGAAGAAGGAGCAUCCGAUCUUGGCACUGGAGAACGGGGAGUGCAUCUGCAAGACUCAUCCGUGUGCGGCAACGAAACAAGCUACUUGUGAUUCAGAAAUGUUUCCGAUGUUGGAUUACAGCUAUGACGAGAAUGGCAAGUUGGACUGUUUCUGUCGUCGACAUCCGUGUCCGGCGUUUGCCUGUCACACGAAUCCUGAGACACCGGUGAUUGCGUGGGAUCAAGAGGGGAAUUGCUUCUGCCAAGCAAAAGAGCAUAACGAACUAUGA